CGGCGCCGGCCCCGGGGGGCUCCUGUGGGCGGCGAGCCGGGCGGCUGCCAAUCGGCGCGGCCGGCCGGCGGAGGGGCGGAGGCAGCGCCAACCAGGCAACCCUCCUUCCCCGCCCGCCUGCCUGCCUGGGCCGGCCGGAGCGUCUGGGGCGAGCCGGAGGGCUGCGGGGCGGCCGCGUCUCCAGGAGGGCCGGCGCAGAAAAGAGUGCCGUUCUUCGCAGUGCGAAUUUCUAGGAUGUAAUCUGGAUUUCAAAGAAAGAGACGUUUGCCUCGACCCCCGAAAAGAACUCCGUCUGUCUACCCUACGUCUAAGUGCUGCUUGGGUUUUUAAAAAAGAAUGGCGAAACCAUAUGAAUUCAACUGGCAGAAGCCGGUUCCAUCCUUUCUUCAAGAGGGUGCUAUGUUCGACAGAUAUGAGGAGGAAUCUUCUGUGUUUGAACCCAACUGUCUUUUUAAAGUGGAUGAAUUUGGUUUUUUUCUAACAUGGAAAAGUGAAGGAAAGGAAGGGCAAGUCUUGGAAUGUUCCCUUAUCAAUAGUAUUCGCUUUGGAGCAGUACCAAAGGACUCCAAAAUAUUAGCCGUUCUAGAAGCUGUUGGCAAAACAGAAAAUGAACUGGAAGGGCGCAUCGUGUGUGUCUGUAGUGGCACUGACCUGGUGAACAUCAGCUUCACAUAUAUGGUGGCAGAAAGCACGGAAGACGCUAAGCAAUGGGUGGAUGGACUCAGAUCAGUCAUCCAUAACUUUAGAGCUAACAACGUCUGUCCCAUGACAUGUCUCAAGAAACACUGGAUGAAGCUGGCAUUUCUGACAAACACCAACGGCAAGAUUCCAGUUAGGAGCAUUACCCGAACUUUUGCAUCAGGUAAAACCGAAAAGGUGAUCUUUCAGGCACUCAAGGAAUUGGGUCUUCCCAGUGGCAAGAACGAUGAAAUAGAGCCUCCAGCGUUUACUUACGAAAAAUUUUAUGAACUGACGCAGAAGAUAUGUCCUCGCACCGACAUCGAAGACCUCUUUAGGAAGAUCAAUGGCGACAAAACUGAUUAUUUAACGGUAGACCAAUUAGUGAGCUUUCUAAAUGAACACCAGCGGGAUCCUCGCCUGAACGAAAUUUUAUUUCCCUUCUACGAUAAUAAAAGAGCUUUGCAAAUAGUUGAAAUGUACGAGCCAGAUGAAGAUUUAAAAAACAAAGGUCUCAUGUCGAGUGAUGGGUUUUGCCGGUACUUGAUGUCAGAUGAGAAUGCGCCCGUCUUCCUUGACCGUUUAGAAUCGUACCAGGAGAUGGAACAGCCUCUGGCUCACUACUUCAUCAGCUCUUCCCACAAUACCUAUCUGACAGGAAGGCAGUUUGGCGGGAGGUCCUCUGUGGAGAUGUAUAGACAAGUCCUCUUAUCUGGAUGCAGAUGCGUUGAACUGGAUUGCUGGGAUGGAAAGGGUGAAGACCAAGAACCAAUCAUCACACAUGGGAAGGCGAUGUGUACAGACAUUCUUUUCAAGGAUGUGAUUCAAGCCAUCAAGGAAACAGCUUUUGUGACGUCCGAGUAUCCCGUCAUCUUGUCAUUUGAAAAUCACUGCAGCAAAUACCAGCAGUACAAAAUGUCAAAAUACUGUGAAGAUAUUUUUGGAGACCUUCUAUUAAAGCAACCACUAGAGACUCAUCCACUGGAAGCCGGGAGAUCCUUGCCGUCCCCAAAUGACCUGAAGAGGAAGAUACUUAUUAAAAACAAAAGGCUGAAACCUGAAGUAGAAAGAAAACAGCUCGAAGCUUUGAAAAGUAUGAUGGAAGCUGGCGAAACGGCUGCUCCGGUCAGCAUCUUGGAAGAUGACACUGAAGAAGAGAUCGAAAGUGCUGACCAAGAAGAAGAAGCCCACCCUGAAUAUAAAUUUGGGAGCGAGCUAUCUGCAGAUGACUUGAGCCAAAAAGAAUCUGUGGCCAACAACAUGAAGAAGGCUGUGGAUGACUCUGAGCAAGAAAACAAAAAGAGAGAAGCACAUCUGACCUGUGACAUAUUUUUGAAGAUGCCCGCCAUGGAUGCAGAUGAAACAGAAAUCCGCAGGUGUUUUUCAGGCCGUGCUGACAACUCACUGUGCUGCCAUGAAAAUGCAAAUAGCUGCUUCUACAGUCGUGUAUUUUUCCCCCCCUUAGGGAUUGACCUCAUUCCUCAAGUAAGAUUAGAAGACCUAAAGCAGACAAAGGCUUAUAUAAAGCACAUGAAAAAGCAACAGAAAGAAUUGAAUGCUUUAAAGAAGAGGCACGGAAAGGAGCACAGUGUUAUGCAGAAGUUGCACUGCACACAGGUUGACAAAAUAGUAGCGCAGUACAACAAAGAGAAGUUAGCUGGUGAGAAGAUCCUUGAAAAGGCCAUCAAGAAGAAGGGAGGAAAUAACUGCCUUGAGUUGAAGAAAGAAUUUGAAAACAAAAUGCAAACAUUAACCUCCGAUCACACAUCGAAGGUCAAAGAAAUUGUAGCGCAGCACACCAAAGAGUGGUCCGAAAUGAUCAACACACACAGUGCAGAAGAGCAAGGGAUGCGCGACCUGCACCUGAGCCAGCAGUGCGAAUUGCUGAAAAAGCUGCUGAUCAGCGCUCACGAGCAGCAGACCCAGCAGCUGAAGCUGUCUCAUGACAGGGAAAGCAAAGAGAUGCGUGCCAACCAAGCAAAAAUUUCCAUGGAAAACGGCAAAGCCAUAAGCCAAGAUAAAUCCAUUAAAAAUAAAGCAGAAAGAGAGAGGCGUGUCAGGGAGCUGAACAGCAGCAACACAAAGAAAUUUCUAGAAGAAAGGAAGCGGCUGGCCAUGAAGCAAACCAAGGAGAUGGACCAACUGAAGAAAGUGCAGCUUGAGCAUCUCGAAAUUCUGGAGAAACAAAACGAACAGGCGAAGGAGAUGCAGGAGAUGGUGAAGCUAGAAGCAGACAUGGACCGUAGGCCAGCCACGGUGGUGUAAAGCUCCAACAUGCAACCUGAAGUCUGGGAGUCCAACCAUUCUGUAUUUCCAAAGCAAACUCACUGAGGAUUGGAAGGUGGUCGGCCUCCCACUCCCUCCCUCUUCCCCUCUCUCUCUCUCUCUCUCUCUCUCUCUCUCUCUCUCUCUCUCUCUCUGUGACCAUAGUGUCAAGUGCAGCAAACAGUCACAGAGCUCCGGGGUUCGUUGCAACAUAUGGACUUUCACACUAUUUUUUUGCCACAGUCAACCAUGCUUCUUCUGAAAAGAGCAUGACUUUAAAAUCCUGUCCAGCUUCCCUUUCUGUGAGAGGGUGGUGCGUCCUGGGAUCAUCGGCACAAAAUGGGUGAAUCGAGUCACACGUUCUUUCUGUUGUGAAAACAUUUGCACUUGUAUGUUCUUAACUUGCGUUGGGAUUCAUUUUUUUAUCAUGCUUCGUCUGGGCUUCCUUGUCUUCUGAGAGCCAAGUCCGUGUCUUGUCACUUCCCAGAACCACUCAGUCCAGGGUCGCAAGAGCCCUUCCGAAAAAGCACCGCCGUUGUUUU